GCAUGCAUUCAGCUGGCCAUGUUGCCAGUGCUUUGCCGUUGGACGCUGGCUUUUGGAAUUCCAGACAGUCUUUGGCUGCUGGUGGUUAUGGGCCUCGACAGCAUGGUGCAAGCAUGGCGCUGGAUCCCGAAACAGGUGCUGGCUGCUCAUUUGGCCCCAAGGGGUGUCGAAGCGACAACCUUGGGCCUACAUGCGGGCACCUUCAACAUGGCCUCCAUCUUGAGCUCCUACAUCGGUGGCUACCUUCUCACAUUCAGCGGGGUCUCGCCUACAGGAUCAUUGCAAGAGGGGCGGCAGUUCCAAAGCCUCUGGAAAGUGCAGUGUGUUGCCGCUUUUCUGCCGCUGCUGCUUCUGCUGCUUGUACCUGUCAUGCUGCCCCAGCGGUCUCAGACAGAGGCGCUUCUGGAGGAGUGUGAUGAUUCGGCCACGCAUAAUUCCUUAUUUCAACGACUCUCGCAGCCAAACCGGCGAUGA